AUUUUGUUCAGUCUAUGGUCCUAAUCCGUUUAGUCUACGUAGCAACCAAAGCUAAAGCUACGUUUCGAGUUUGGCGACGCCACGGCUAAUUCAGUUAUCGUCGUACAUUUUGGGAGAACGAUUGGGAGAGUUACACACUGCUGCCAGGAUGCUUCAUACAGUUCGUCGGCAACUCAAACACCACCCAGCAUUGAUUCCACUGUUCUUUUUCAUCGGCGGUGGCACAGUGAUGUCCAUGCUCUACCUGAGCAGGCUGGCCUUGCGCAGCCCUGAAGUCUCAUGGGAUCGCAAAAACAACCCUGAACCCUGGAACAAAAUGUUGCCUACUCACCGUUACAAGUUUUACGCUGUGAACAUGGACUACAGCAAACUGAAGAAGAACGGGCCCGAUUUCUAAAGGAACAUCUCUCUCUCUCUCUGCGCUCAGUGGAACCUAAGCUAAGCUGUAGCCAGCAGAAGCCAAGACGCUUACCCCAACGGGUGCACGAAGCCUCCCGCACAAUUCAACCCUUGACGCAAAACUGUGCUUUGUUUACAACAAAAUGGUUCAAGCCUUUUUGUAAUACCUGUGGUUGUCCAGCAAUUUAAUAAACAAGACGACCUCCUACUGUUUCAAGAUGGUCGCACGAGUGGUUGUCUUCUAACAUUG